GGGAGCGCAGGCGCCGCCGGCCCGGGCAGCGCCCGCCCCUUCCGCUUCCCCCCGGCCCCCGGAGCCGCCGCCGCCGGAGCCAUGAUCGGGGAUCUGCUGCUCUGCGGGACGCUGCUGGUGAACGCCGGUGCCGUGCUCAACUUCAGGCUGAGGAGGAGGGACACGGAGGGAUUCGGAGAGGAGCAGAGGGAACCCACGACCGGUGACAAUAUCAGAGAGUUCUUGCUGAGUCUCAGGUAUUUCCGAAUCUUCAUUGCCCUGUGGAAUAUCUUCAUGAUGUUCUGCAUGAUUGUGUUAUUUGGAUCUUGAAAGCCACUCAUGGACACGUUGGAAGAAACUUUUGGCUGGCAACAAACUUUUCUAGAAGUAAAAGAUCCUGCUGCUCUCCAGCUGCAGCCCCGUGGGGAGCUGGGACACGCUCGUCCCCUCCAGGUUCCUGCUCUGCCAGGGCUUGGAGCCACAACCUUCACACAAAUUAUCUCAGCUUCACUCAAAGAGAAUUUGGACUUGGUUUUCUAAGCUCUGAGUGGAGAGCAAUGGAGAAUUGAAGCCAAUUUUAAACCUCUGCCUUGCCAGUCCCAGCUGGGGCUGUGCCAGCUCGAGUUGCCCCUGUCCAAGUCACACUCCUGAGUUCUCAGUUUUGUGUAAAAGUUGAGCAGAGUGUUCUUGUAACUUCUCACUAUUCCAUUUGUUUUGUUGGAGGUGUUAAAAAGGAAUAUUCAAGGGAAAAAAAAAAGUCCAUUCUCACUUUCUCCCUGUUUUUCCAGAAAAAAAAAAACUUUUUAAAAUAAUAUUUCAAAGAUUUUUUUUUCCUAAGCAAUAUGUAGGGGAUUUUGAAUGGGGGAAAAUGGCAAAAAUAAUUCUCUAAGCCAAUGUCAAGAGAUAAUUUUGGAAUAAUCUUGGAUUUGGUUGAAUAAAGUUCUGUUUAAGGGUAAAAUA